UUGGAAUCCCAGAUAUGGCAAACAAUCUAGCAUUUCGUCCUCUGUGAUUUCUUCCUGUUCUUUUGGCUAAAAGAGACCUGCCUUAUCUUUUGGGACUGGUCAAACAUCUAGCACACCAGUGCUAGAAGGACCUUGAAAGUCUGGAAAACAAGUGCAGCUGUAUGUCUUCCAGAGAUCAGGGCUAGGAGUAAUAAAAAAGGAUUAUUGUUGCUGUUCCUUUGACAGUCAGCAAUACACCCAAGUCAACCUUUAGCACUUUUAAUUUCAAGGCUUUUUGCCUUUGUCAUAAAAGAUACUAUAGAUUGGGAAUGGUGCAGGUGUAUUUGAACCUUGGUUCCCUUGAGCACUACGGCACUUGAGUGUUGUAAUCACCCUUGCAUAUUUAUAUUAGCGAUCUGUCAAUAUCAUGCCCAGCAAGGCACAUAAACUCGGGUUGCUAGCAAUAAGAAAACUAAAAGCUGCAUGUCAUGGCGCUGUCUUGUCUAAAUGGUAACCCAUGUUUUGCAGAAUAUCUUGCAACUUUGAAAAGCCAUUGAGAUUCUCUUAAAGAGUUUUACAGUACAAGGUUUGCCAUAUAGAUACAACGGUGCCCCUGUUCAUUGUUUUUUGAUCAACUCCUUUCAGGGUUUGAACCUACACCCUUUCAGUUCUGACCUAGAUAUGCCCUGUUCCCAUGCAAUGUUUAAUGAAGUUGAGAGCAAAAUAUAGUAAUUAACAAUGGGGAUAACAAAAAUGUACCCCAAGAGAUGAGGACACUCCUAGAAGUCUUAACUGCAUCCCAUGGGAACGAAUUAAAGAAAUUGUUUACAAAUUUAAAAAUAGAACUUUGUUGCAAUUUGCCACCAAGGAGGACCAAACUAUUAUUCGCUACUACAGCUGUGUGUCUGGGGUCUACAAAGUAAUCCAUUGUCUGUAAGAGUUCCUCCUCACUUUAUCAAAGCUCAAAGGCAUGUGAUGUCAAUUCACUAUCUCUCGAAAUUUACACAUCCACUGAAUGCUUCGAAUACCCACUGUUACUCCAAGGACGAGCUUUCUUGGCGGGCUGGCUCCGCUCAGGAGCACAGGAGGGGGUGUAUAUAAAACACAUCCCUGCUGUUGACCCACCCUAAAACAAGUGCUGGAUUUCUCUGCGAUUGAAUCAGAGAAGAUGCUCUUCCACGCAAGAUUUUGGCUAAUGCUGUUGCUGAUUGUGGCGACUGGGUCAUAUGGUGCCAGCGUAGGACACACAGAGCAGGAUAACAGCCCGAAGGUCACCCAACUAUCAGGAUGGAAUGGAGAUGAGCAGGAAGUUGCAGAUAUGGUACACGUACCCCGAAGUGCCAGUGAACAGCCGAUUGGUCCAUCAGCCCAUUCAACACAUUCCACUGAAGACGUGCCAUGUGAUGAUGAGCAACUAGCUCACAGUCGUGCCAUGGAUGACUUCCUGUCAGCCCUGAACAUGGAGAGUGAACUUGGGAGGAUGGGUUACCAGCAGUUUGGAAAAUGUUCGUCUGGAACUUCAGGUUUGCAGAUUUCACAUCUAGUACAGAGUUUGGACAAAAAACGAAGUGGCCUCAAGGGUGUACAUGCCACAAAAGUAGAUAUUUGGGAUGCUGAGAAGGAAGGAGACACGACUUUAACCCUCACAUUCCCAAGACAUGCUCAGCCGAGCAGCCCAGCCUCUGUGACGCUCCUGUUCAGUGUCGAUUCCAUUAAAGGAGAUGGUUUGAGAGUGAAAUUCAACAGUCAUUCCAUCCAUCCAAAUACACAGAUGGUUUGCAUUUCUGAGGUUACACGUUUCCUGGUCCUUAAAGGAGGACAAAGUCAUGCCCACGUUCACCUUAAGCUGAGUGUAACAAUUGAGACAUGGAAGGAUGAAAACAGUGAGACAGUUUUUUCCCUUCAAAAACAGACUUCUCUUAAGAAUCCUUUCACUGUAAAUUUGAACUCUUUCUGUUACAUCUUAGAGCCGAAACCUAGUGUGUCUGAGCUUCGGGACGUGUUGAUGAGAAAGGUAGACGGCAACAAUAUGUCAAUGAAGCCGGUCUUAGUUUUCCUCUCUGACCGUGAUGAGCAAAGGACACCGCACUUAAAAUAUCACGGAAAUCCACUGGAUGAGAAACUCCCAUCCAGAACUUAUCUUUUCCUCUGCGAGCUGCAGAAGUUCUUGAGUGACGUCCUUCCUCAGAAAGAGGGGCCGACAUCUCAGGAAGGUGCAAACAUUGUCUCUUUGGAUGCGCUGCAUUCCCUUCCACCUCUCAGCCUUGGAGUGUCAUCCACAGAGUCCCUGCUAUCAGGACUGGUGAAUUCCUCCACGCCGACUGUAUUUGUCUUCCCUGAGAGGCAGCAAGGCCUGCAGACUCACAGAGUGGAGGUGACACUAGAUUCUCCUCUGUUGUCUGUGCUCAGAAUGAGACUGGAUGAAGCCAUGGCUCAGGUGAAACAGCAGGAGGUGGGGCAAAAGGUGACUGACAGGCUUCAGAAACUGAGUGAACUAAGUGCCCUUUCUCCAGAAGGAGAGGACGAGGAAGCAGUCGCUAAGGAACAUAAACGGGCCCAAUACCGGUCCGUUUUGCUGCUCAAGGCCCUGCAGGUGGUACUCAGUACCUGGGAGGUGGAAAGAGCUCAGAGAGCAGUCAGAGCGGAUGAAGAUGGCCCAUCAGUGCCCAGUCAGUGUCGGCUUCAGAGCUUGUCCGUGUCCUUGAGGAAGUUCUUUCUUGAGCCCUCUAAAGUCAACAUCAACAACUGUGAGGGAGAGUGUGGAUUCCCCCUGACCAGCGGCAACAACCACGCCAUCCUCCUGAACAGCCAUAUUCAGAGCGGCCAGCCCGUCAAUCGCUCUCUCUGCUGCGUACCGGUGGAAUUUGAUGACCUGUGUGUGAUCGAGCUUGAGAGCGAGGACACUAACAUCUCCUUCAAGACCAUUGUGGUAGUGACCAAGUGUGAAUGUCGCUGACACCCUCCUUUUGCUCUUUGAAAUGCACUUAUGCAUGCGUAUAUAGCAAUAUGAAUAAAAC